AUGAAACUCCUUCGCAUGCGUGAUGUUCGCCCGGACGAAAUUAUUGCCAAGUCCCAGGUGUACGCCAAGCCUCGAUCCAACUCCUCGGCCUCUACGUCGUCUCGUACAACUACCAGUGAACUCUCGACUCCUCCGGCGUCGCCUUGUCUGUCGCGCUGCGGAUCUCAUAUCGAGGUUGAAGACCAAGCGGCGAUUGCGACAACUUCUCGAACUCAUGAAGACGAACCAGGCUCAGCCCAAUUAUGCUGCCCGAUCCAGCCGUCGCAAUCAUACGGCUUCGCCUAUCCACAAGCGCCUCCGAUCCAACCCUCGACUUCGUCUUAUGGACAGCGGUAUCAACAACCCUAUGCUCCUAAUACCAUUGCGCCUCCUGGUCAAGCGACCCUUCCACCGAACUUGACAUCGACUCAAAAUCAAAUGUUCGGUGCCGGACGUGCUCGUGUUGGCCAUAUCCCAGUGGUGAUCUCGUCCAAGCCAGACGAAAUGACGGUCAGCGGGCAAAACAUUGUGAUCGUCGUGGUCAUGACGGGACACUACCCAGGCGAACAAGUCAAGCUCUGCCACUUCUGCGGCCAGCCUGGACACACUGUCACCAAAUGCCCGUCCAAGCCCACGAAUCAAGCCUGA